CUUUUCCAUUAUCUUUUUAUUAACUAGAAAGAGGUACUAUAUUAUAUUAUAUUAUAUUAUAUCAGACAUUAUACAAUGAGUGAAACAGAGAACAAGAAAGAGAUUGGAGGACCUGCUUCUGAGCCUUCGAAGGAAGAUAUUACAAAAGAAACUGAAAAAACCCAGGAACAAACCAGCGAGAAUGCAAAGGAAAUAAGAAUUCCUGUUGAUGUGUUAAGAAGUUUGGAUUUAAACAAUUUACAACACCAGCACCGGUCAUAUCAGCAUCCUCAUAACUUCAAUGUUCCUGAUGGCAGCAUUCCCAAUCCUCUUUAUCUUAUGGGGCAUUUUUUUAUUUUUUUCUUUGCUAUUGCUGCAGCUGUUGUGGUGUUUUACGAUAGUGGGAAUGCAGAAGCUACUGAUGGAUUUUUGGGGUUAUAUGAUGUUCCUAAGGGAGGUAAUACAAAGAGCGAGAGCAGUGGUGGUGAAGAGUUUAUAACUCGUAGCAUUGCACUUGAAGACAAGGUUGUGGAGGAAGAGAGUGUUUUCACUCCUAUCUAUACAGUUGAUACUACAGAAAGUGUUGAAUAUGGCAGUUUUGAUGAAAAAGUCCAAGCAACAAUAGCCAGUCAAGAGUAAUUUGUGCAAAAGAAAUAGGUUUGGUGAUAAAGUAGCUUUUUCCUUGGGAAAAUUAAUUUUAUGGUUUAUUUUAUUUAUCUAUAUUGAUAGCUUCUAUAAAGAAAUUGUAAUUGAAUAAACAGAGUAAUAAAUAACAGUAAUG